AUGACGGCAAACAACACGUCAGAAAGGUCUUCCCCUAAGCCGCUGAGAGUCGCGGUGGUCGGAGGCGGGCCCGGCGGCCUGGCCACGGCCAUCGCGCUCUCAAAGACCCCGAACGUUGAAGUCCAUAUCUACGAGAAGGACAGUAUCCUCCGUGAGGUUGGCGCCGGAAUCAAUAUCGGGGCUAAUUCGUGGAAUGUUCUUGAGCUGCUGGGCGUCGCAGACUCGCUUGUGAGCGGGCACCCGAGCGAUGUGGUACUAAAUAUGAACGGCCGCUCAGGGGAAGAGCUGUACCGGAUGGAACGGCCUGUGGAUCAGGAGUGGCCGACUGGGGACUGGAAAUCCAGGCCGACUAUCCGGACGCAGAGGACCAAGCUGCAGUCUGCUUUACUGGCACACGUGCCGUCCGGGGUGAUCCGUCUGUCGAAGAAGCUCGACAAGAUCGUGGACCUGGGUGAGAAGGGCGUUGAGCUGCAUUUCGCGGAUGGCACAACUGAGGUGGCCGACUUGGUCGUUGGUGCCGAUGGGAUACGUUCGAUCGUCCGAGACGGCGCAUGGCCAGACUACAAGAUCGCAUUCACAGGCACAACCAUCUGGCGUGCACUGAUACCGUUGAAGGACCUCACGGACCAGGACCCCCGCUUCGGGAUCACGGGCUGGUGGCACUUGCCCGCCUCUCAUGUUUACUUCUCCCCCGUCGGCGAGGGCCUGGGCGAGAUCGCCUCGCGCGAAUACCAGGACCCGGCCAUCCACAGCGCUAGCAAGGUCGUCUGGGGUGUGCCGGUGACGAAUGAGCACGUCGAGAGCCACUUUAAGGAAUACCUGCCGGAGAUCCAGACGGCCUUGGCGAAGAUCCCCGACGGCGCCUGGAGGGAGUUCGCCGCGUUCGCCGGGCCGGAGCUGGCUUCGCUUGUGGCCUGGGGCGGGAAGAUCGUGCUGGUGGGUGACUCGUCACACGCCCUCUCAGGCGCGUUUGGCUCAGGGGCGGGUUUUGCUAUGGAGGAUGGAUGGGUCCUCGCGCAGGCCCUGAAGCACUACGGAAAUGACCUCUUCAAGGCUUCAGUGUUGUUUGAUAGGAUACGCGUGCCGUACUACUCCCGCAUGUAUGAAUACCUUGGGGGUCAAGCGGCGAAGAGGGCUGAGAAGUUGAGGGAGCUGGAGGUCACAACGGCCGGGCUGACGGAGGAAGAGAGAGUCAAGAUAAAGGUUAUCAAAGAGGGUGGUGACAUGAGUUGGAUCUACAAAAAUAAUAUCGGCAAAGUUUGGGACACGGCUUUGGCGGAAUUGGCAGGAAAUGGUAAGGCUUCAUGA